AUGGCGCCACAAGAGCAGGACCGUCACACCUUCUAUGCGGGGAAGGCCCAACCCGACUCGGAAUCCCCAGGCACUUUCCAGUCCAUCGACCCUUCGACGGCGAAGCCCGUCUGCACCAUCCACACUUCCUCCCCGGCCUCCAUCAACGCGGCUGUCGACGCCGCAAAGUCCGCCUUCCCCUCAUGGUCCAGCACGCCCCCCAUUGAGCGUUCGCGUAUUCUCCUGAAGGCCGUCGCUCUGCUUCGUGAGCGCAACGAUGAGCUCGCCAAGAUCGAGACUCUCGACACCGGCAAGGCUUUCUCUGAGACGCAGUACGUUGACGUCGUCACUGGCGCCGACGUCCUCGAGUACUUCGCCAACCUCGUCGCCAGCGGUGGUCUUAACGGCGAGUCUUUCCGCCUGAGGUCCUCCGCCUUCGUCUACACCACCAAGGAGCCCCUCGGUGUAUGCGCAGGCAUCGGCGCCUGGAACUACCCCAUCCAGAUCGCCCUGUGGAAGUCCGCACCCUGCCUGGCGGCCGGUAACUGCAUGGUUUACAAGCCUAGCGAGUUCACUCCCCUUCACGCUCACUACCUUGCCUCCAUCUACAAGGAGGCCGGCGUGCCUGAUGGCGUCUUCAACGUUAUCUACGGCGCUGGCGAUGUCGGUGCUGCGCUGACAAGCCACCCUGACAUCGCCAAGGUCAGCUUCACUGGCCAGGUCAGCACCGGUAAGAAGGUUGCUGGCUCAGCCGCCGGCGGCAUGAAGUACGUGACCAUGGAGCUCGGCGGCAAGAGCCCCGUCAUCGUGCUUCCCGAUGCCGACGUCGAGCAGGCCGUCGACGGCGCCAUGCUCGCCAAUUUCUACAGCUCCGGUCAGGUGUGCACGAACGGUACCCGUGUCUUCAUCCCCAAAUCCAUGAAGGCCGACUUCGAGCGCGUUGUGCAAGAAAAGCUCAAGUACGUCCGCGCGGGCGACCUCUUCGACCCCGCGACGAACUUUGGCCCCCUGAACAGCAAGGCGCAUCUCGAGAAGGUGCAGAGCUACGUUCGUAAGGGUGUUAUGGAGGACAAGGCGACGCUGUUGGUUGGCGGCACCAACCAGCCGAAGGGUCUUCCCUCGGCGCUCAAGGGCGGCCACUGGAUCCAGCCGAGCGUCUUCACCGACUGCACCGACAACAUGACCAUCGUCAAGGAGGAGAUCUUCGGACCCGUCAUGUGCAUCCUUACCUACGACACCAUCGACGAGGCGGUGCGCCGCGCCAACACGACGGAGCUGGGUCUGGCCGCGGGUGUCUUCGGCAGAGACAUCGACCAGUGCCACCAGGUCAUUUCACAGAUCGAGGCCGGUAUUACGUGGAUCAACACGUGGGGCGAGUCGCCGGCCGAGAUGGCCGUCGGCGGAUGGAAGCAGAGCGGUGUCGGUGUGGAGAACGGACGUAAGGGUCUCGAGGCCUGGGUGCGGAACAAGAGCACGCUCGUCGAGAUGGGCGGAACCGUGCCGACCGUGUUCUCCAAGUUGUAA